UACCAAUGGAUGAUGACGUAAGAUCGAUUUUAUCAAGUGAGGAUUCUCCAAUUCACAGAACGAAGCGUAGUCACAAGAAGAAAUCUAUAUAUGGAGAGGAUGAUUAUGAGUAGAGAAUAAUGUAGUAGCGGCCUUUGGCUGGGCUGAUCACUUUCCUUGUAUUAUGAUAUGUUGCUUGAAGUGUUAGUUUCAUGUUUGGUGUUUGUGAGAAAACAAUAACAUUCUGCCUUCUAAACCCGCUCUUACCACACAUUUUCCUUCACUCACUCUCCAUUGAAGUCUGUAUUCGCUAGAAUGGAAAACACCACAGAACCAGAAAUUUACGAGAACCCUUCCGAAACUGCGCCUUCUACUUCAGAUGAAGAAAUAGAAGGUAGAAAUAUAAUAUUGUGUGAGAAUAAUAUGGUAGGGGUGGAGAUCACAGAUGAAGACGAAGUAAUUGAUUUAGAUGACGAUAAUUAUGUUGUAAUGGAUGUUGAUGACUUCCUGGAAAGAGCAGAGGAGGAAUUACGUCAGGAAAAGGAAGCAAAAGAGAAUGGAGGAGAAGAAGAAGAGGAGGAAGAGGAAGAAGAGGAAGAGGAAGAGGAAGAGGAAGAAGAGUUUGUUCGUGAUUCAAUUUUCUCUUUCGAGAAGCACACUGAUUCUGUGUUCUGCUGUGCUUUCAAUCCUACACAUCCUAAUCAAGUAUUAUCCGGUGGACAAGAUAAUCGUGCUUUCCUGUUUAACUACGAGAAGCCUGACGAUGUCCACGAGCUUGAAGGACACAGUGACAGUGUUUGCUGUGUGAGUUUCAACUACAAUGGAGAGUACUGUGCCACGAUGGACAUGAAUGGCUUGAUUCUCGUUUGGAAAACCGAUUCUUGUAAGAAAGUGACCGAGAUCCAAGGUCCCGAAGAGCCAGAAUGGAUGAAGUUCCAUCCCAGAGGCAAUUUGCUGCUCGCUGCUGGAAACGAUUUCAGUAUUUGGUGCUGGCGGAUUCCAGAUGGCCAAUCCCAAGCCUUGUUCUCUGGCCACACCGAUAACGUGACGUGCAGUGCGAUCACUCCCUCGGGAAAGAUGCUGGUGACGGGAUCGCUGGACAACACGCUGAAGCUGUGGAAUCUGAAGAACAAGGAGAUGAUGCACUCGAUCAAGGCGGAGGAGUAUGGUUAA